AUGCUGGCAUGGCAGGACGGCGGGGCCAAGGCGCCUCCUGCCCAUCACAAGAUCUCCUUCUCAGUCCUCGACAUCCUGGACCCGCAGAAAUUCACGCGUGCUUCUCUCCCAGUCGUGCACCCCGCUUCCUGGGAAGCCAAGAAAAGUUUGGCGGAGGUCGAAGCGGAGAAGGACGCCAGCCCGGGGGAGCCGGUACGACAGCAGAGAUCUGAUGCUGCGGGCCAAAGCGCCGGUCCCGCAUCCCCCUUGGAGGGCUCGGAGGCCGAGGCGGCGGCAGAAGAGGACGCGGAGGCCGCCGGGCGGCCACGGCAGCGGGAGCCGGCGGCGCGCUCUCCCGAGGCUCGGGCGGCGGCGCAGGCGGCGGCCGGCGGGGGCGGCCCCGUGGGCUCCCCGGGCCCUCCCGGCUCCCCGCGGCCCCGGCGCCGGCGCGCAGAGCCCAGCUGCGCCAAGCCGCGGCGCGCGCGCACCGCCUUCACCUACGAGCAGCUGGUGGCCUUGGAGAACAAGUUCCGCGCCACGCGCUACCUGUCCGUGUGCGAGCGCCUGAACCUGGCGCUGUCGCUUAGCCUAACCGAGACGCAGGUCAAAAUCUGGUUCCAGAACCGCAGGACCAAGUGGAAGAAGCAGAACCCGGGCGCCGACGGCGCGGCGCAGGCGGGGGGCGGCCCGCCCCAGUCCGGGACGUCGGGGGCCGCUGCGGGGACCUGCGGGGGCGGCACGGGGGGCAGCCCAGGCCCGCCGGGCCCCGGCGCUCUGCCCUUCCAGACUUUCCCCUCCUACUCGGCGGCCAACUUACUCUUCCCGGCCGCCGCCUCCUUCCCGCUCACGGCCGCGGCCGGGAGUCCCUUCGCGCCCUUCCUCGGCCACUCCUACUUGGCCCCCUUCUACGCCCCGCACUUAUAA